UGCCCAAAACAUUUUCCAAAAGAAAAAUUUGACAUUGAAAGAAACGGAGCCUAAAAUACAUGGGACAAUUUUACUACGACAGUUCUUAGAUUUUGCGAAGAACUCUGUACAGUAGAAUGGAGGCAGCGGAGUACUUCUCCAAGGACUUCGAGUGGGAGGAGCUGAAAGCAGAGGUCGAAAACGACUCUUCGUUUCGGUUCCACUUGCUCCCGUUCCAACCUUCAAAUCGCCCUUCUCAAACUGCACCAGAAGACGAUUCAGCGGCAUGGAAGAAAUUUCACAUCCGUCACUCCUCCGGCAAAUUUUUCAAGGAGAGACGGUACUUACUGAAGGAAUUCCCAGAACUAGUCUCCCAUGGAGAAUGUUCUAAGGUUUUGGAGGUGGGAUGUGGCAAUGGCAGUACUGCUCUCCCAAUUUUACGGCUCCAGAUCAUGCUGCUAGCCUUCUACCUGAUUCCUGACGACUUCAAUUUCCUGUGUAGUGGCAAUGAACACAUCGUUGUUUAUGCAUGCGAUUGUAGCAGUGAGACUCUGGAGAGGGCCAAAGAGAUUAUAGAUGCCGCUACUUCAGUAUCUGUUAGACUUCGUUUCCAUACAUUCUGUUGUGAUUUUUCAAUAGCUGGUUUUCCAAAGUGGUUGGCCUGCCAUACCUGCCGAGAAGUUUUUCUGCAAAAACAGCAAAGCUGCUUGUCAGAUGUUAAAGAAAAUAGUGGAGGUUACUUUAAUGAUUCGUGUUCACCGGAAGAAAGUGGCUGUUGCAUUGGUGGUGUGGAUUUCGUUACCUUGAUAUUUACUCUAUCAGCUGUACCAUUCCAGAGGAUGCCAAUAUCCAUCAAGGAGUGCUUUUCUGUUUUAAAGCCAGGAGGCAUUCUCUUAUUUAGGGAUUAUGGUCUAUAUGAUAUGACUAUGCUUCGAUUCGAGUCUGAUCAAAGAGUGGGGUUCAGGGAAUACAUGAGAUCGGAUGGAACCCGUUCUUAUUUCUUCUGUUUAGAUACCGUAAGAGAUCUCUUUGCAGGUGCAGGCUUCAUUGAGCUUGAGCUUGAAUAUUGUUGUGUUAAAUCUGUGAAUCGCCGAAACCAGAAGAGCAUGCGGAGGGUGUGGGUUCAUGGGAAGUUUCAGAAGCCCAUGUGAAGUGAUUUGUCAGAGAUACCUCUUUUGUUGAGGUACUAUUUGAAGAGACGAUGAGUUUUCUUCUUCUUCUUCUUUUAUAUUUAUAAUUCUUUAAUCCUUUCAAUCGAUGCAAAAUGAUGUACAAAAGUCAAUGCCAAAUAAAUAAAAAAUAAAAAAAAUAAAAAAAAAAUAAAAAAAAAUAAAAAGAAAAGAAAGAAGAAGAAGAAAAAGGAUCGAGCGUGCAAUUAAAGGUUACGGAAAGUGUUUGAAGGGGUCCAAUCUUUGCCAACUUGUCAUAAAUUGACCUUAAUUUCGUGAAAGGAACAUAGACAUUGUUGGUUACCACGCCGUUCCCAAGUGGUUAUUUUAUUUUAAUUUAUUUUAUUUUUUAUUUUAGGUGUUGCUAUAGUAAGGGGGCAAUGCUGUACAAGUAGAGCCAUUUGACUCCAUGAUGUGAAUGGACACUUCUUUUUUCUGUCA